UGUCAAGAGCAGAGACCCUGGGCCCUGGUCUGGGCUUUCCUCACUGUAAGGGGCACACUUUCCUGUCCUGUGGCCCCCUCGCUCCCCCUCCUGGCCCCUGGACAGCUCCCUCCUGAGACCACUGUGGGUCCCUUCUGGGUGGCCCCUGAGCACUCUCAGCAUGAACUGCGUGUCAGAUUUCUUCACCUACGAGACCACCAAGUCAGUGGUGGUGAAGAGCUGGACCAUCGGGGUGAUCAACCGAGCAGUCCAGCUCCUGAUCAUCUCCUACUUUGUGGGGUGGGUUUUCUUGCACGAGAAGGCAUACCAGGUGCGGGACACAGCCAUCGAGUCCUCGGUGGUGACCAAGGUCAAGGGCUUUGGACGUUAUGCCAACCGAGUCAUGGACGUGUCGGAUUAUGUGACCCCACCCCAAGGCACAUCUGUCUUUGUCAUCAUCACCAAGAUGAUCGUUACUGAAAACCAGAUGCAAGGAUUCUGCCCCGAGAGCGAGGAGAAGUACCGCUGUGUAUCAGACAGCCAGUGCGGGCCCGAGCGCUUCGCGGGUGGGGGCAUCCUCACCGGGCGCUGCGUGAACUACAGCUCUGAGCUCCGGACCUGCGAGAUCCAGGGCUGGUGCCCUGCUGAGGUGGACACUGUGCAGACGCCGGUCAUGAUGGAAGCCGAGAACUUCACCAUCUUCAUCAAGAACAGCAUCAGGUUCCCCCUCUUCAACUUUGAGAAGGGCAACCUCCUUCCCAACCUGACGGCCCAGGACAUGAAGACCUGCCGCUUCCACCCUGACCGGGCCCCCUUCUGCCCUAUCCUGCGGGUGGGGGAUGUGGUCAAGUUCGCAGGACAGGACUUUGGCAAGCUGGCCAGCACGGGUGGCGUCCUGGGCAUCAAGAUCGGCUGGGUGUGCGACCUGGACAAGGCCUGGGACCAGUGCAUCCCCAAGUACUCCUUCACCCGGCUGGACGGCGUGUCCGCUAAGAGCAGUGUCUCCCCAGGCUACAACUUCAGGUUUGCCAAGUACUACAAGAUGGAGAACGGCAGUGAGUACCGCACGCUCCUGAAGGCUUUCGGCAUCCGCUUCGAUGUGCUGGUAUACGGAAACGCGGGCAAGUUCAACAUCAUCCCCACCAUCAUCAGCUCAGUGGCGGCCUUCACCUCUGUGGGAGUGGGGACCGUGCUCUGUGACAUCAUCCUGCUCAACUUCCUCAAAGGGGCCGACCAGUACAAAGCCAAGAAGUUUGAGGAGGUGACGGGGCCCGCAGAGGCCAAGGGCCAGACAGGGAGAGGUGAACGAGACCACGCUGAAAGCCGCUGCUUCGGCCAACCCGGUGUACCCCAGCGACCAGACCACUGAGGAGAAGCAGUCGACGGACUCAGGGGCCUAUUCGCUCAGCCACUAGGGCCCCUUCCCAGGCCCCCUGCUCACCCCUGGGCUCCAGGCCUCCCAACGGGGGACCUCCCCUAAGCAGGGCGGGACUGCAAAGGGGUCCCUCUUCCUGCCGCUCACCCCAUGAGGCCACAGCUGGGACCCAGGCCUCCCAGUGCUCCUGCAGACAGGAAGCACUAAGACCUCGGUCUCACCCCUGCCCACCCGUCUGUUUCCCAAGCCCCCGAGUCGGCCCCGUUCCAGACAGUAGAGGUAAUAAUAGUACGAAUGAGUGCCAGGCACUUUCCCACAAUUAUCUCACGUAAUCCUUAGAAUAGUCCUACGAGAUAGAUAGUAGUUUCUCAAUUUUAGGGAUGAACCAAGGCCCAGAGAGACUGAGUCAUUUGCCCAAGGCCACACAGCCAGGGAGGAAGAGUGCUGGGAUGGAAGCCAGGUCUGACCAGCUCAUCGCCCACACCCCAGGACUGACUCCUAGGGGCAACCUGGCCCGUUGGCCCCAGUUGCUUCAGCCUCCCUGCCCCCGACUAUGGUCACCUUCAGCUUAAUCGAGAGUAAGCCCCUUGCUUUCCAGAAGCUCAGACAGGCCCACCCCAGGGGAGGCCGUUAGACAGUGUGUGGGCAGUGUGUGGGCGCGCUCCCUGGUGUGGGUGGCUCCUAAGUCAGAAGGACACAGGAGGGAGACUCCCGGUAAGGUUUUCCUUGCCCCACCCCACCAUGCCCUCUGCACACCAGGCUGUUUUUGUUCUGGCUCCGAGACACCCGAGAUCGAGACCGGAGACCCCUCCCGCCUCCACACAGACACACACAGGAUCAGGGUGGGACUUGAUUCCCGGACCUGGGGCCCAGCUCUAGGUCAGCAACACCCCACACACCCUCAAGAAAACAGAAAAAGGCCGCAGUGAGGCCUGGUGUCGUCUGCAGGGGCCAGCAGGCCUGUCCCCUAGGGCCAGCAAGGUCAGCUUUCUGAUGUUAGAUGCUGCAGGAGCCUCGAAAGCGCCUUGUCCGAGUCUCUUGGUUACGCUAGAGAACAGAGAGAGAGCUACUGGCUUGUCCUGUGCCGCGUAGUGGCUGGCAGGACACAGGUGCCCUGCAGCUCAGGAAGCAAGCCAGGGCCGGAGGCCAGCAGUGCUGAGGUGGAAGCCACCGUCCCUGGCAGCCAGAGCCCUCCCCGGCUCUCCCGGGGUGGAAGGUGCUGAGACCCACUGGGCGCCAUGGAGGGCCUGGCCCAGGCCUGGCGCUGCCUAAGACACAUACAACUGGGGCAUCUUUUAAAACAUAAUUCACAACAGAAUGCGAGAUGGGGCUCCUUCUGCCCGUGAGCAGCCCUGAAGUAUGUAAGUUUCAUCCGCAGAUCCACUCUGGAAAAAUCGGGGGCAGGCAAAGCAGAGGCGACCUCACUGGCAUGGAGGGCUGGUCCCUCUGCAGAGAUGUGAGCACCAGGUCACGGCACCUGGCUGGGCCGCCUGGGAAUGGGGGAGGGGCGAGCCCUGGCAAAGUUCCCCUCCCUGGGGGGAGGGGUAGGAUUCCUCAUGGCACCUUCACCUCCAGCCCUUCCUCAGGAUGGUGGGGUGACACCUCCCCAGGGGCAGCCCCGGGAAUCGGGCGUGUCUGGAGGUCCAUUGUGCAGGGCCAUCAGUGAGGGCAGCUCCCCCUUCUCCAGCUGGGAGCGGCCGGCACCCCUGCGACUCCAGCUCUCAGCAGGCGGAGCUGAGGCUGGGAUCUCAGGAAUGUUCUUCGAGGAGGAGGUCAAGGCAGCUCAGGGAAGAGCUGCCCUCCCCCCCAAGCCCCUUGCUUCCUUCAGACAGGGGCGUCCUUCCAGCGGGUCCCUCCUGAGCCUGCAGGAGGCUGCAUGAACGCAUGCAUCAGCCCUGCAUCCCGCCACAGCUCAGCUAAGCCACCACGCCCAUGUGCUCCACUGGGGGCUUGAUCUGAGGAGUACGAACAGGAGCUCCCUCCUCCCCGCACCAGCGCCAACAUAAUCACGUGGCCCCCAACCCGGCUGAGGUUGCUAUGGUUUGUUAUAAUCAUAUAAUCAUGCUAGAAAAAGAAAUCUGCAAUACGUGGAAACUUGACUGGAAUCCCUGCUCAUUCCAAGCACUCCGUGGUGUCUUUAUGCAGCAUAAGAGCUAAUAAGCAGCUUACCCAGUGGGUAAAUGUGUAUCGGCAUGGUGUGGCCCAACCCUCACCUUACAGAAGCAGAAGCGGAGGCUUGGCAAGGCUCAGGCGCUGCAAGGGGAGAGCUGGGACUCAAGCCCAGAUCUUUAGGACUGUGGAAUCUGGGAUCUUGACCUCUGUGCUCCAUUCCUCUGGGGAAAACAGGACACUUAUUGGCAUCUUCUUUUCUGAAUGUUUGCUGCUGUAACAAGUAAACAGCCAGUUCCCAAUAAAGUAAAUCAGAUAGCCUCCUC